CAACUAAUCGCAUGCACAUCCUCGGCGGCGGCGCCCUCGGCACGCUGUGGGCUGCGCAUUGCCCCGCCGCCACGCUGCUGCUCCGGGAGGGCACCACGGCGCUGCAGGCCAGCCGGCUGCGCCUGCGUGUCCACCGCCUGCGUGCAGGAGAGGCGGCCGGCCCGGUAGACGAGGCACUCGAGGCGUGCGUGCGGCUCGAGCCGUCCUCCGGCAGCGCGACGACACCGAUCGGGACGCUCGUCAUCGCUACCAAGGCCUAUGGCGCCGCCGCCGCACUCGAGGGAGUACGAUCGCGCCUCCAGUCCGACGCGGUGGUGGUGCUUCUGUGCAACGGCGCUCUCAGCCUCGCCGACUCGCUGCAGCUGCCCGCGGGCGGCGCACUGCUCGUGGCGACGACGACGCACGGCGCCUGGCUCCACCCCCCCCGGCAGGAAGGCUUGCGAGAGGUGCAGCACGCCGGCAGGGGCACGACGUGGGUGGGGCCGCUGCUGCCGCUGCGGGCUGGCGGCGGCGGCGGCGGCGGCGGCGCGGCCAGAGUGGCCGGAGUGCCCGAAGUCGCGAGUUCCUCUUCCGCCGAGCUGGCAGCGGCUCGCUUCGCAGCGGCGGGCCUCGGCGCCGUCGUCGAGGGGGGCGGCCAGACGAGCCGGCGGUUGUGGCUGAAGCUCGCCGCAAACGCGGUGAUCAGCUGUAGCGCCGGAGUCCGUGUAGUUCACGCCAGCUGGCUCCUCUGUAGUUCACGCCACGCGGGGCUGUACUCGCACCCCCGACUUCGGUGCCCCCCCCCCCCCACCCAACCCCGCCAACUGGACCUGGAUGCCCCAGGAUUUGCCCCCGGGCGGGGGCCCCGAGGUGCAGCACCUGAAAACAGCCCCCAUGGGGAUGGUCGUUUCACCCCCCCCCCCCCCUAUUUUCGCUUAGGUGGAGCACCUGAACGGCUGGGUCGCCCGCCGCGCGCGCGAGCUCGGCACGCGCGCCGAGGCGAACGACGCGCUGGCGGAGCGGAUGCGGCGGGCCGAGGCGGCGAAGGGGCAGACGGGGGGAGGAGGGGAGUGGAGGGUAGAGCGGACUAACUAACGCGUGUCAGCCGAGGUUCCGAUGACGGUGAGUAAUCUCGGCCUGU